AUGUCUCCGGGUCCCAUUACGCAGUCGGCCGGGACUGGCCUCGGAAUUGUAGGUGAUGGGAAGGGCUGGUCAGGAGGAAGCACUCGGCCCGAUGGCGAGGCGAACCAGCCUCAAAGGAUCAAGGAGAACAGAGCAAAGGUCUUCCUCGAGGUGGAGCUGCACAAGAGAAAGCUUGGGCGCAUCGUCCUGGAGCUCUUCGGAGACGUCGUUCCAAAGACCGCCGAGAACUUCCGCUGCCUUUGCACGGGAGAGCGUGGAGUCAGCGCCGUGUCUGGAAAGCCCUUGAGCUACAAAGGCAGUAGGUUUCACAAGAUCAUCCCCGGCAAGAUCAUCCAAGGUGGAGACUUCACGAAGGGGGACGGCUCGGGUGGAGACUCGAUCUUCAACCAGGAUGGUGACGGAACCUUCGGGUGUGAGAACUUCAAGCUGAAGCAUGACCGCCCCGGUUUGGUCUCGAUGGCCCACAAGCGAGGUGAGGAGGGCAAGCAGUCCUCACAGUUCUUCUUCACCUCCAAGGCAGAGCCCAAGCUGGAUGGCAAGCACGUGGUCUUCGGUCGAGUCAUUGAGGGCAUCGACAAGCUUUCAAAGCUCGAGUCCAUGGGCACAAAGGGUGGCACGCCCCUCUUCGAGGCCGUCAUCUGCGACUGCGGGGAGCUGGAGUCCGAGGCACUUCGCACGCGAAAGCGCAAAGCAGAAGAGAUACCUCUUCCUCCUGGCUGGAAGAAGAAGGAGUCCCGCUCGAAGGAGCCGCUGUUGCCAAGGCACGCAGCACAUGUGCCGAAGGUGGAGAAGCCCGGAGCCGGGCAGACGGCCUUUGCCUUCGCCGUCUUCAUCGUCGUCAGGAGUUUCCACCCAAUCAUCAUAGACAUCUCCAAGACGGAUGGCAAGCUGCCCUAUGGCAAGGCGACCCCGUGCGUCAUCAACUCGGCUGUGGACAUUGUGAUAGGCGGCAUGGUUGCAGAGCCUCCAAACCCCGGGCCCACAGGGCCCAAGGGAUCCUCGGCAGAGUGUGCUGUUCUGGAGUUCCAGAUGCAGAGCUUGAAGGAAGAGCUGCGUGACUACGAUGAGCAGCUCCCGUGCUGGUCUGCAGAGCUGGCAGCGGCAGAAGAGUGGGCGCAGCAGGUGGAUUCGGAAGCAGAUGCAGCGGAGGCGGAACACCGUCAGUUGACGGAGGAGCUUUCUGAGAUGCGGCUCACUUCCAUCUCGCCCGCCAGCAGCGCCUGCGAGAAGGACUUUGAAGCGGCAGUGGGGCAUCACCAGAAGAUGGGCAUUGCCCACGACGACUUCGAUGAGCCGUUGCCAAUCCCUCCCUCGACUUCGGAUGGUCACAAUCUGGACGAGCAUCGCCGACACGUCGAUCGACACCUGCAGCAGGAGGUGUCCCGCCGAAAGCUGGCGGUGGCACACCUCAGGCAGCAGCACCUGGUCUCUGCCGACCAGGCUUUGGCAGCAGGCCGAAAGGAGGCCGAGGAACUGCGAGAGGCCUUGGAAUUGGCGGAAAGAGAAGGCCAGGAGCUUGCCCGGCAACGCCAGGUGGCCGAGGAGCAGGAGCUGCCUCUGCGCGAGUGGGUGCAGCACGUGGAGGGCCAGGUGAACGCUGCACGGAAGGAGAACCUUCGGCUCUCUGCAGCACUGAAUUCCUCCUUGGCCUUCCGGGCCUCACUGCUCUCGGACGAUGCAGAGGCCCAGCCUUUGAGGGACUCAGGCAUGAACGUGCAACAGGUACGCUGGCUCAGAGAGCACGAGCAGAGCUGCCUGGCAAGAAAAGCCCAGCUCAAAGAGGAGAUCGCAGCAGAAGAGAAGCGCAGGGAGGACUUCUUGAAGGAGGCUUGGCAACAUCGGGCCAUUGCGGAGGAGCGGCACCGUCGGAUGGGUGGAACUGGAAACCUGCCCAACAUCCUCCAGACGCCCGAGGUUCGACGAGCCCCAGCCACUUCGACUCCCGGUUCCCUUCUCGGGUCGCCAAAGAUCCUGCGGCCCGAGACUUCCAGGAGCUGGCUCUCGGCUCGGAUUCCGCCGGUGCCCUCCCGAACCGCCGGCGCCUCCGGCUGCGCCUCCGUCUCUGCGAGUCCUUUUGUAUCACGGGCGCCGAUGAGCGAGCCUGGCGAAAGUCCGCUUGCCAUGGACAGAAGCUUCAGUAGCCGAAGGAGCCCAGUGGAGAUCGACGACAUCCUCAGCGAGGACGAGCAGCCAGACUAUUGGGACAGCGGAAACUCCCUGGCCUUCCUCUUGGGGGGCAUGCCGGGCCUGAAGCAGUGCUGGGAUCCGACCCCUCUCAAGGUCUUCAGCUCCAUAGCCGUGAUCUAUGCUUUUGGCGACUUCUUGGAGAUGCAAUCCAUGUCUGUGAUGGGUGGUGCAGCGUACCAGAUUCUGCUUCAAAGCAAGCUGCUGGUGACGGCCCUCAUCAUGUGGUUUCUGCGGGGUCAGCGUCAGACCACGCUGCAGUGGAAUGUGCUAGUCACAAUUGCCCUGGGGAUGAGCGCUUUCGUCUUGGCGGACGACAGCAGCGAGGCAGUCUAG